AUGUCUCAGUUGGAUCAGGUCAAUCUCUUUCGCGGCUGGCCUUCUGCAGACCUCUUGCCAACGGAGCGUCUGAAGAAAGCUGCGGUAGAUGCCCUGUCUAAUCCAGUUAUUUCCACUGAAGGAUAUGGCUACGGGCCCGAUGAAGGGUAUUUUCCGCUCAGAGAAAAUAUCGCGAGGUGGCUUACCGAGUUUUAUAACCCCGUGCAGGCUAUUGAUUCGAACCGUAUAUGCAUCACCGGCGGUGCCAGUCAAAAUUUAGCGUGCAUUUUGCAGGUUUUCACAGACCCAGUUCAAACGAAACACGUUUGGCUUGCAAACCCGACAUACCACCUCGUCUUUCAAACCUUCGAAGAUGCUGGAUUCUACCAACGGCUUGGGGGGAUACCGGAAGACGAAGAGGGACUGGAUGUUAACGCUCUCGCUCUCGCCCUUGAAGUGUUUGAAAAGAAAUUACCCGCAAACAAUGAGGAUACCAGACAUAAUAUAAAAUCUCCCAAACCGCAUAGGAAGUCAUAUCGGCACAUUAUAUACUGUGUCCCGACAUUCUCGAAUCCGUCCAACAAAACAAUGUCAAUUUCGCGACGCGAGUUACUCGUUAGGGUCGCCCGCAAUUAUGACGCCCUCAUCGUAUGCGAUGAUGUUUAUGAUUUUUUGCCAUAUGAACAAUCCGACAAUAGCAUAGUCCAAUCCAGCCUACCGCGCCUCGUGGACAUUGAUAGGUUUCUUGACCAUGGCCCAAGAGAACGGUUUGGGAAUGUGGUGAGCAACGGUUCAUUUAGCAAAUUAAUUGGUGCUGGUUGUCGCGUGGGCUGGGCUGAAGGGACUAGCGAUCUCGUUUAUGGACUUUCUCAAACUGGCUCUACCAGGUCUGGCGGUGCCCCGUCACAGCUCAUGUCCACCUUCAUAAACGAAUUACUCGAGGACAAAUCCCUCCAACGUCACAUCGCUGAAACCAUCAUCCCAGCUGGUUCACGCCGGUAUGCUCUGAUGAUAUCCGCAAUAAACGAGAAUCUGGCAUCACUCGGUGUUACCUUCCUUUCUGACACUGAACAUCAGCUAGCAAUCGGUGGAUACUAUGUCUGGAUUGAACUGCCCCUCCCGUUGGAUACUGCUCAAGUAUGCAAAGUUGCGCUGGACCGCUACAACCUCGUCCUCGGUGACGAAUGUCUGUUUACUGUGCCGAGUACCACGCCACAAACAGAUAGACAACAGCAUAUAAGGCUGUGUUUCAUGUGGGAAGCUGAAGAAAAGCUGGCUGAGGGUGUGAAAAGGCUUGGGUCUGUGCUUCAAAUGUUACGCGAGAAUGUCACUUUCGAGAAGUGA